GGUGACGUGCCGGGCGCCAUGUUGGAGGGCUGGUGGUAGCGGCUCGGGGAGGUGUUCGCUCUCUCGGUCUCGCUCUCUCGCUCGCUUCCCCCGGCUCCCUUCGGUGCCCCCCCCGGUCGCCUGCGUGCCGGAGUGUGUGCGAGGGAGGGGGAGGGCGUCGGGGGGGUGGGGGGAGGCGUUCCGGUCCCCGGGAGACCCGCGGAGGGAGGCGGAGGCUGCGAGGGACUCCGGGAAGCCAUGGACGUCGAGAGGCUGCAGGAGGCGCUGAAAGAUUUUGAGAAGAGGGGAAAAAAGGAAGUUUGUCCUGUCCUGGAUCAGUUUCUUUGUCAUGUAGCCAAAACUGGAGAAACAAUGAUUCAGUGGUCCCAAUUUAAAGGCUAUUUUAUUUUCAAACUGGAGAAAGUGAUGGAUGAUUUUCGAACUUCAGCUCCUGAACCAAGAGGUCCUCCCAACCCUAAUGUCGAAUAUAUUCCCUUUGAUGAAAUGAAGGAAAGAAUACUGAAAAUUGUCACUGGAUUUAAUGGUAUCCCUUUUACUAUUCAGCGACUAUGUGAGUUGCUAACAGAUCCAAGGAGAAACUAUACAGGAACAGACAAAUUUCUCAGAGGAGUAGAAAAGAAUGUGAUGGUUGUUAGCUGUGUAUACCCUUCUUCAGAGAAAAACAAUUCCAAUAGUUUAAAUCGAAUGAAUGGUGUUAUGUUUCCUGGAAAUUCACCAAGUUACACUGAACGGUCUAAUAUAAAUGGGCCUGGAACACCCAGGCCGCUUAAUCGACCAAAGGUUUCUUUGUCAGUCCCCAUGACAACAAAUGGCUUGCCUGAGAGCGCAGACAGCAAAGAGUCAAACUUACAGCAAAAUGAGGACAAAAAUCACAGUGACUCUGUGACCGCUGAAUCCGAAGGUUCCUCAGUGAGCCCUAUAAAAAAUAAACACCCAGAUGAAGAUUCUGUGGAGGCUGAGGGGCAUGAGGUAAAAAGACUCAGGUUUGACAAAGAAAGUGAAGUCAGAGAGACAGCCAGCCAAACAUCUUCCAGUGAAAUUUCUUCGGUCAUGGUAGAAGAAACAGAAACAUCGUCGUCAUCUCAGGAUAAAGACAAGGAAAGUAGUUGUACCAGACAGCACUGUACAGAAGAGGAUGAAGAAGAGGAUGAAGAGGAAGAAGAAGAGUCUUUUAUGACAUCAAGAGAAAUGAUUCCAGAAAGAAAAAAUCAAGAAAAAGAAUCUGAUGAUGCCUUAACUGUGAAUGAAGAGACUUCUGAGGAAAAUAAUCAAAUGGAGGAAUCUGAUCUGACUCAAGCUGAGAAAGAUUUACAUUCUGAAGGUAGUGAAAAUACAGGCCCUGUAAGUAGUGGUUCUGAUUGCCAUGAGACAGAAGAAUUAGUAGGAUCCAAUUCCAGUAAAACUGGAGAGAUUCUCUCAGAAUCAUCUAUGGAAAACGACGAAGAAGCCACAGAAGUCACAGAUGAACCAAUGGAACAAGACUAACUAUCUAGAAACAUGUAGAUGCAGUAUUUUACAUACAGUUCUGGUUUUACACUGUAUAAAACUUUUAUGUAAUAAAAUGGACCUCUAGUUUUUACAAGAGAAGCAGGUUGUAAAAUAAAGUACUUUAUGGGAUAAAUCCUGAAAGAGUUGUACAUGUAAGAACUGUGAAUAUCAGCUCCUCUGGGUCCUGCUUACCGCUGACUUUUUCUUUCAGUCUGGUCAAAUCAGUGGUUUGUGUAUAGAUUUUUUUUUUUUUUUUGAAUUAAAGUUUUUAAACUGGAAGGUAAUAAUUAUAAUUUUGAAAACCUUUUGGAGAUGAUCACAUUUAGUUUAUACAUAUGCAAGAAGUCUUUUUGUCUUGUCUCUUUCUGACAGCUCUAGCAGUUUUCAUAUUUUGGUCAUAGUUUCAACAUUUUAACAUGUGAAUUAUAGGGUUUCAUGCUGGUUUCCAGAUUUUAUUGUUUGACUAUGUACAAUGGAACUUUAAGUCAUAUAUACAUAUAUAUAUAUAUAUAUAUACAUAUAUAUAUAUACACAUAUAUAUAUAUUAUUCUAAGGGGGGAAAUGUUAUAUUUUUCUGUUUCUAUAAGAGAUGAAUACAGUGGAUACUUUUUCUAUUGGUAAUGAUUGAGUUCACCUCUUUCAGAAGACAGUUUCAGUUUCUCUUCUGAGUAAUUCAAAUAAAAUCUGGCCCUUGUGAAACCCUGGAAAUAAGUCUGUUGAAAUACCAGGUUAAACACAUUCCAAGAGAUCUGUUCAAACUAAAAUUCUUUUGUAUACUUCUGAGGUGCCUGAGAAAAAGACUUCACUAUUUAUGAGAAAAUAUGCUUUAUCUUGGAAACUGUGUUCAAACAUUAGCUUACUAUUUUGUAGAAUGAAUGCUGACAUGAGACCAUCUCAGAAGAACCCGGCAGGUUCCUUGACCUUUUGCUUGCUUUUCUGAACAUUGUGAAUAUUACACAUUUCUUUCUAAAUUAUUCUAGAGUAUGCAAAUGUCAUUGGUGUGAAACCCCACUGUACUGGAAGAAUUAAUAUAUUACUAUAGUAAUGUACUGGAGCUAAAUGGCUGAAGCUUUAGGGGUGCAUAGAAACCACCAUAAUUUGUAUGACAUUUUGAAGUGAAUUAAAUAUUUUUGAACAUGCUUCUUCGACAGCCAGUGUUAUAUUUUUCAGAUUAACACAAAGCACAAUGAUUACUCUAAACUCAAUAUUUUCAAAUUCACAUAUUUAAAGUCAUGCAAGCUGCAACUUCCCUGUCAAAAUUACUGGCUGCCAAAUUUAUACCUGUUUCUUCAGCUGUACCUUUUGAUAUUUAGAAUUUUUAAAUUUCUGUAAAGUAGAUUUUGUAGAAUGUAAUGUGUUCACUGCCUUUGUGAAGCGGUAUAUAAUUGUAUAAUUUCUGUGUGUAAACUGAAUGCUUGGGCUUUCAAUACAGUAUUCAUAUAAAGCAAUAAAUAUUAAUGUUAUGAAA